AUGCGAUCCUCCGGCCUCGCGCCCGACGUGGCCUGCUUCCACUCCGCCCUCCGCGCCGCACGCUGGCAUGCUGAUGUCUCCGCCGUUCUGGACAUCAUGUCCAGGUCCGGCGUCAACCCGACCGUCCCCCUGAUCGUGACCGCGGUGCAUAGGCUGGCGUACAGGGGCGACUUCGAAGGCGCCCGCUGUCUGAUCGACAAAAUGCCUGAGUUUGGAUGCGCGGCCAAUGUGGUGGUUUACACCGCGAUGCUCGAUGGGAUGCUCGGUUUCGGUCAUGUGGAUGCCGCAGUGGUGCUGCUGGAGGAGAUGGAGGGUGGCAGGCUUGGUGCCGGGUGUGUGCCCAACGUGGUGUCGUACACGUGUUUGGCGAAAUGCCUGUGCCGAAAAGGGAGAAUGGUGGAAGCUCUGAGUUUGCUGGAUAGGAUGAUAGCUAGAGGGGUGAUGCCGAAUCGCAUUUUUGUGCGGACGCUGAUCGAUGGGUUUUGCGCGGCCAGGGGGGCUGGCUUGCUUUCGAAGGCAUAUGAUGUGGUGGAGCGAUUGGUCGUUGACGGAACUUUGUCAAGCGGGCAGUGCUAUAAUGUUCUUCUGGUAGGCUUGUCUGUGGCUGGGAUGACAAGGGAAGCUGAAGGCCUCGCGCAGAGGAUGAUGAAGACAGGGGUGCAACUGAGCCCGCUCGCAGGAAGUGCAAUGGCGAGGGAGCUGUGUCAGAGGAAAAUGUGGUUGCAUGCUUGCUGUUGGUUGAGACUGAUGGAUGAGAAUGGGGUGCUCUGUGAUUCUGAUGUCUAUGCUGGCGUGUUGCUGGGGCUGUGUCAAGAGGGGCAUGUCCUUGAGGCCUCGGCGUUGGUGAGGAAGGUCAUGGAUAGGGGAAUACGGAUUGACGCUUCUUGCGCUGAUUGUUUGGUGCAGUUACUGAAGCAACAUGGUGAUGAGGAGCUAGCAUCACAUGUAUUACAGUAUUAG